AUUGCUUGCUAGUAUUUUUCACAGUCAUACAGUAUUUUCUAUCGAUCUUACUUCUGGAUUUUUUCGAAAGCCAUUUGCGUCCCACAGUAGAAAUCGAAAACGUAAACAUAAAUAGAUAAAAUAAUUUCUACGACAAUUAGAUUUUGAAACAUGGAAAAUGUUUGUCGCGUUUGUGCAAGGUCCAAUGUUAGCCUUAUGGAUAUAUUCUCCAAAUUUGAAAAGGAUGGACUCCGCCCAGCAGACAUGCUAAUUGAAUGCGUCGACUGUAAUGUGCACCUGGAUGAUCCAUUCCCUAAGAAAAUAUGCUUAACCUGCGUCGUUGCCACCCAAAAGGCAUUUAAAUUCAAGCGCACCUAUGAUAAGAGCCAUCAACAUUUUUCCCAGCUUUUGAAAAUAAACAAAUGUGAGGAUGCAGAAAGUGAAGAACAGACGAACACUCAAAGUGACAGUGAAAAUGGAGCAACUGAGGUAGCAGCAGUGAAAGAGGAGGAGAGUCAAGUGCAGGAAACAAAUGUGGAUAUGAACGUGUUUCUUAGUGAACAGCAUAUAAAGAAAGAAACUGAAGCUACUGAGGAAGAGCCACCAUGUGAAGAGGAGGAAAGUCAAUUGCAGGAACCGAGUUGGCUAAGCGAUGAGUUAAUAAAGAAUGAAACACUGUUUAACGAAUCGAAUACCACAAAUCAGCUGCAUACGCACUUUUGUGACACCUGCGGCGAGGGAUUCCCCAACAAUACAAGUCUUAUUUUGCAUUCUCUUAAUCACUAUAGCCGUGAUCACAAGCAGUGUCCGUACUGCCUUAAGUGUUAUUCGUCACGAUCAGGACUCUAUCAUCAUGUUGUUGUUCACUCUGGAGAACAGCCCUUCAAGUGCUCUAUUUGCCCAAGGAGUUUCACGUACAAUACACAGCUCGAAUAUCAUAUGCGCUAUCAUUUUGGCAAACGUCUCAAAUGCCCUUACUGUCCGAUGACCUUUAGAAAGUACGAAAUUAUCAAAAAGCACAUGGGUCUUCAUUCCACCGAUCGGCACUUUGAGUGUCCCCAUUGUCAAAAGCGUUUCAUUGAGGAGUUACAUCUUAAAAAUCACAUGGCUACUCAUUUAAUCGAUCGUCCGUUUAAAUGUGAGAAUUGCCCGAAAUCAUUUGUUAAUCGAGGGGAAUUAAAUCAACAUACCAGAUUUCGAUGUGAUAUGCCUAAGAAAAUCGAUAAAGAAGAGUCAUGUCCGAUACGCACAAGAUUUGAUACCCGUGCAGAGACUUGAGAAACUAAUUAUAAAAAUUGUAAAUAAAAAUAAUUUUGCCAGUUUUUAUUAUAUUUUUUACAAAAUAAUACUUAC